UGACACAUAUGGGAGUGCAAAGUAAAAGGGAAAAGAAGGUUAAAACCCCGCAAAACACAUACGUUGUACGUGCUACCACCACCACACCAGCACCGAGACACGGUGGCGACGACAGCAACGAUUGUGUUUACUCGUGAUGCCAUUACGGUCGUGUGUUGGUUUUUUUUUCUCAAGUUCGCCUGUUUUUUUCGCUUCGCCUACUCCGUUAAACUCUCGUGACACGGACGGACUCCCGGACACUAGCGAGAUGUUGUUGUGUUCUUCGUGAAACACGAGAGUAUGUAGCGCAGCACUGGCGAAGCCAAUAUAAACACCGAAAAAAUCCGCUCAACUGGCACGCUAAUUUGAAGCUGCAGCGCCUACUAACGUGCGUGCGCUGUGUCUCGUGUGUUGUUAAGUGUUAACCCCCCGUAACCCCUUACCAGCGCCUACUACUGGUGUGUUCUCUGCUGACUUCGCGGAUCUGACGGAUUGGAUUGGUUGAGUGAUGAUUUGAUGAAAAAACACUCCUCUUCCGUGCCCAGUGGGUGUUGUUGGGUGGUCUCUGGUGGGCCACUAGUAGUCUGGUGUGUCCAGUCCAGUAAAGUGCGUGCGUGCGUGCGUGCGUGUAGUGUAUGAGUGCGGUUCCCUUCUCCUUCUCUACCAGAGGUUAGGAAGAGGUGAAGGAGAAGCCGAGUAGAAGGUUGAUCAAGGGAGUCUGGUUUGGUAAAACUCGUGAAAUUGGAAAUUUGCGUGCCGAGCGAGUCGUGUCGAGUGUCGUUGGUGCGUUUGUAGUGAAGUGAAGAAGCGUCAGUCCGACCGGUCGGACAUCGGUCGGGUCGGUUGUGUGUAUUCCCGGCGCGUGGGUAUCUGCGUGUGUGUGUGUGUGCGUGUGUCCGCGAACAAACGCGCGCGCGAGGGCCAAGGUCUGUCGGCGCGGGAAAGGACUCUAGGAGUCUUAUAUAUCUCGGAUCUCGCAGCUCGUCUCGUCUCGUCUCGUUCCCUCCCUCCACACGGGGCGGGAGGACACGGUACGGUGUACGGUAUGGGUGACUUCCUGUACUCCAGCUCGGUCCUGACGAACGAAUCGUGCGUGACCAACCCGUCGUCGCUGCUCGAUACGCUCAGCAUCAACAAUCUGCUGAACAUGAAGCACCUGACCUCGGCGACGGUCGGCGGCACCGGCGGCGGCGUCGGCGGCGGCGGCGAGAUGGCAACAUCCACCGGUGUCGGCGGCGGUGGUGGUGCGUCCACCGGUGGCGUCGUACCGGACGUUGGCCUCGGUACGAUCGGUGACGGUUCGGUCUCGUCCGGUUCCGCUUCCUCGGUCUCGAUCGGUAGCAAGAACAACAAUGGCGUCCUGUCUUCGCUUGGAGGUGGUGGUGGCAGUGGUGGCAAUGCUGGACCCAAUGGUAGUGGUGUUGGUGUCGAGGAUGGUGGUCUACUGAUGACGUCCAGCGUGGUCGCUUCCAGCUGCGGCGGUGGUGGUGGAAUGGGCUCCGUACCGGGCAUCAUUACGACGGCCAUUACCUCCGAUGGUGGUUGCUGUCUGUCCGGUGCUGGAUCUGGAUCGACGGUUCGUGAGCUUUCACUUGCGCUCGGUACCGGAGGGGACGAUGGUACGGUCAUCACUUCGUCGCUGCUGAACGGUGGCAGCAUCUCGUCACCUUCGAUCGUUGCCAAUAACAACAGCAACAGCAACCACAGCGCCAAUGGCGUCGGCAGUAGCGUCGGAGUCGGAGUCGGAAACAGCGGUAAUGGUGGCAAUACCAACAGUGCGAACAACAAUUUGUUGCUGGAAGCCGCCGUAGCGGCCGGUGCUGCAGCAGCCGAUCAGCUCCAGUUGCAAUCGGUCGCCGAAGAGCUCAGCCUGAAGGCGUCCGAUUUGAGCUGCCUGAGUUCGGUCACCUCGAAUCUGAUGAACGGAUGUCUCGCCCCGAGUGGACUCGGUUUCGGGACCGGGGCCGAUCACUCGAGCCCCUGGUCUACCGGACCGGAUGAGGCCGGCGGACCGGGCGGUGCUGUUGCUGCCGGCCAUCUCUCGAUGAACGGUCUCGGUGGGUUUGGUCAGAACUUUUCAAGCAAUCUAUACAAUGGAGCCGUAGUAGCAGCGGCCGCAGUCGCCGCUCAACAGCAACAACAGCAACAACAGCAACAACAACAGCAACAGCAGCAGCAGCAACAUCAGCAACAACGUCGCGCCAUCACAGCAUCCCAUGGAGGUGGAUUCCCCAGCCACCAUCAUGGCAUCUCACCGAACAGUCUCUCCGCUCACGGUAACGCAAUGCUCCAGCAACAACAGCAACAGCAACAGCAACAGCAGCAACAGCAACAACAAAACCAAUAUAAAAACUCGUAUCCUUCUUGGUCGAAUCCUGGGCCCUGGUCACAGCAGCAAUCCACCCAACAGCAGCAGCAACAGCAGCAACAGCAACAACAGCAGCAACAGCAGCAUCAUCACCAUCAGCAGGUGCAUCAGCAACAGAGUGCCCUGUCGUCCUGGAAUAGGGGACGCUCGGUG